ACGCAGAUGUGAACAAGUCAAAAAAUACCCUAACGCCAGUUGGUGGAUUCUUGGUCAAUCCAUUUUUCAGUGGAAUUCGCAGGCUUACGUGCUGAUUUUUUGCGGCUAGCACGGCGAUUACAGGCGCUCCACGGCAACCAAAGCCCCCCGAGUCCGGCAACAACAAAGCUCCACCGCCGGAACGUGCAUUACUCAUCGCGGAAGACGGGCACCAUCGAUUUGUGUGUCGACACACAAACACACAAGGGCAAACAAAAGUGCACACGCACACCAUCAACGCAGCCCACAUCAACAUACACACACGCACUCCAGCACACACACACACAGAGACGUCACGAUGACUGCGCCGCGACGCCUGAGGAAGGAGCUGAGCGACUUGCAGGAGAACACUCUGAAGGGAUUCCGGGACAUCAAGACGGAUGACGACAACCUGCUGCGCUGGACGGGUCUGAUCGUGCCGGACAAUCCGCCGUACAACAAGGGCGCCUUCCGCAUCGAGAUCAACUUCCCGGCGGAGUAUCCCUUCAAGCCGCCAAAGAUCAACUUCAAGACACGCAUCUAUCAUCCAAACAUCGACGAGAAGGGCCAGGUAUGCCUGCCCAUUAUCAGCACGGAGAACUGGAAGCCCGCCACCCGCACCGACCAAGUGGUGCAGGCCCUGGUGGACCUGGUCAACGAACCGGAGCCGGAGCGUCCCCUGCGGGCGGAGCUGGCCGAGGAGUUUCUGCGCGAUCGCAAGAAGUUCGUGAAGAACGCCGAGGACUACACCAAGAAGCAUAGCGAAAAACGUCCGGCGGAUUAGCGGGACGCAAACGGAGGUGGCGACAGCGACAACUGCGGCAGCGGCACAGAAGAAUCACCAUUGCCGUAGCCCUUAGUCUUGUGAUUUUCAGUUAGUUAUUUAAUUUUCAUUUCGUCAAAACUCGACUCCUCACCCCCGACCCGAUCCUCAGAGAGGGUUCUCUUCCUCGUAAGCGGAGAUUCCCUUGGCAGAGUACAUAGUCUUGUAAAAGUAGCACUGUAAUUUUAUGCAAAAUGAGAAGAAAUACAUGUUCGUUAUGUUAAAAGAA